CAGUGGCGGUGGUGGAGGAGUAAACGAUGCUUUCAAAGAUGCGCUGCAGAGAGCCCGGCAGAUUGCAGCAAAAAUUGGAGGUGAUGCUGGUACAUCACUGAACUCAAAUGACUAUGGUUAUGGGGGACAAAAAAGACCUUUGGAAGAUGGAGGUAAGUUAUACCAUAAAUAUUUUAGAUAUUUUACACGGUGUUUAGUUGAAGUGAUUUUUCAAUAUUUUUCAAAUGUUUUUAUUGAAACAUUAAUCAUACGGUUCCUAAAAUUGUAAGAUUUUUGUUAGCCUCAAAAAGAAAGGAGAAAGAGAGACCUAGACAAGGUAGGUAAAAUUUGGGUCCACCAGCAAGUUUUAUCUUAUUAAGGAGCAGUUCAGUUUUCUUUCUUAAAGCAUUGUGCCAGAUUGAAAGUUUGCACAGACUUAUUGUUAAUAUAAUGGAAAAAACAAAAAAUAUGAAUCGUUUAGGAGACAUUUCACUCGUUUUUCUCAUCAUGCAUGAAUGAAUCUUUAUAUGCUAUGUUUUCAUGAUUUUGCUAUUUCAGAUUUCACUUUAAAGGUUGAAGUUGCUAUAGCUUGCUACUUUAGUGUGUUGCAGGUUAUACCAUUUUUUAUGUUUCGUUUGUUUUAGUAUUUUGUGUUUCAGGUUUAACUUAAAACAGUGGAUUUACAGUGCUUUUUUUUUAAUGUUGAAGUUCUGAACUUAGAAGUCUGCACGUAAUUUUUCUUUUAGGUUUGAUGUAUGAACUUUGAUUCAUUUUCUUUUUGCCCUCUUUGUUUUGUUUUUUGUUUGUUUUAAAAGAGGAUUCUUGAGCCUAUAGAAUGUAUUAGUAGCUUUUUGACCAGGAGUACUUGGUUUCCUUUUAUUUAAGUGUCUUUCAUAUUUAUAGUGAGGUUUUUAAUAUACAAAAGAAAAUGAGCUAAUGAUGCUUCAGAUGUUGUAUGUAAUGUAUUCUUUUUAUUUUAUGUGUAGAUGGCUCUUGGACAAGUCCGAGCAGUACAACACACUGGGAGGGAAUGCCCUCUCCUUUUAAAGGCAGGAAUUUUUAUUUAUUACCUGUGUUUAGUAUGUAAACGUGAAAUAAACCAGUGGAUUCUUGAAAUGGACACAAAUAUUUCUUGGAUUAUGUGUCUGAAUUUUUACUGCACAACAUUCUGAUGUUUAAUUAUUUACGUUUGAAGGGGGGAGGAGAAUAGUACUUUCAGUUACAGGUUGUCUCUUCUAAGGUAUGCAUUGUAUUUACUCAUCUGUGUAAAGGAUUUAGAGGAAGGUAGUCAUGUAUUUGCUUUGAGUGUUUUUACUGAAGUGUUAUGCUGCGAAAUGUUUGGUUAGGAAAAUUCAACAGUUCAGAUUGUGAUUGCCUUGUAAUGUGAAUUUAUUUUUAUUUAUUUACUUUUUGCAUAGCUUUGUGGUCACUGUCAGAUACACUCAACUUUUGAUAUGUCAAAUUUUCACAUUUUGAUAGCUUUUUUCUUUCUUCCAAUCUUCAGUUUCUACAGUGGAAGCAUCAUUAGCCUUUAGCAUGUGAUAUUUUGCUAGUAAUGGACCUAAAUACUUUGUCUUUAUCAUUCAAAAGUGCUUAACGUGCAUUAAGAUCAACCAGAUGCUAAGAAAGUUGCUCCUCAAAAUGACUCUUUUGGAACACAGUUACCACCGAUGCAUCAGCAGCAAAGCAGGUCUGUAAUGACGGAAGAAUACAAAGUUCCAGAUGGAAUGGUUGGAUUCAUAAUUGGCCGAGGAGGUGAACAGAUCUCGCGCAUACAACAGGAAUCUGGAUGCAAAAUACAAAUAGCUCCUGACAGUGGUGGCCUUCCAGAAAGAUCUUGUAUGUUAACUGGGACACCUGAAUCUGUCCAAUCAGCAAAACGGUUAUUGGACCAAAUUGUUGAAAAAGGAAGACCAGCCCCUGGCUUUCAUCAUGGUGAUGGACCAGGAAAUGCAGUUCAAGAAAUAAUGAUUCCAGCUAGCAAGGCAGGAUUAGUUAUUGGGAAGGGAGGAGAAACUAUUAAACAACUUCAGGAGCGGGCUGGAGUUAAAAUGGUUAUGAUUCAAGAUGGACCUCAGAACACUGGUGCUGACAAACCUCUUAGGAUUACAGGAGACCCAUACAAAGUUCAGCAAGCCAAGGAAAUGGUAUUAGAGUUAAUUCGUGAUCAAGGUGGUUUCAGAGAAGUUCGAAAUGAGUAUGGGUCAAGAAUAGGAGGAAAUGAAGGGAUAGAUGUCCCCAUUCCAAGAUUUGCUGUUGGCAUUGUAAUAGGAAGAAAUGGAGAGAUGAUUAAAAAAAUACAAAAUGAUGCCGGUGUUCGAAUUCAGUUUAAGCCAGAUGAUGGAACAACACCUGAUAGAAUAGCACAAAUAACAGGACCUCCAGACCGAUGUCAACAUGCUGCAGAGAUUAUUACAGACCUCCUUCGAAGUGUUCAGGCUGGUAAUCCUGGUGGACCUGGACCUGGUGGUCGAGGGAGAGGUCGAGGUCAAGGCAACUGGAACAUGGGACCACCUGGUGGACUACAGGAAUUUAAUUUUAUUGUACCAACUGGGAAGACUGGAUUGAUAAUAGGAAAAGGAGGUGAAACUAUAAAAAGCAUAAGCCAACAGUCUGGUGCAAGAAUAGAACUUCAGAGAAAUCCUCCACCAAAUGCAGAUCCUAAUAUGAAGUUAUUUACAAUUCGUGGCACUCCACAGCAAAUAGACUAUGCUCGGCAACUUAUAGAAGAAAAGAUUGGUGGUCCGGUAAAUCCUUUAGGGCCACCUGUACCCCAUGGGCCACAUGGUGUCCCAGGCCCCCAUGGACCUCCUGGGCCUCCAGGGCCUGGAACGCCAAUGGGGCCAUACAAUCCUGCACCUUAUAAUCCGGGACCACCUGGCCCUGCUCCUCAUGGUCCUCCAGCCCCGUAUGCUCCCCAGGGGUGGGGAAAUGCCUAUCCACACUGGCAGCAACAGGCUCCUCCUGAUCCAGCUAAGGCAGGAACAGAUCCAAAUUCAGCAGCUUGGGCUGCUUAUUAUGCUCACUAUUACCAGCAGCAAGCACAGCCACCACCUGCAGCUCCUACAGGUGCACCAACCACAACCCAAACUAAUGGACAAGGAGAUCAGCAAAAUCCAGCUCCAGCUGGACAGGUUGAUUAUACCAAGGCUUGGGAAGAAUACUACAAGAAAAUGGGUCAACAAGGGCAGACACAAGAUUAUUCAAAAGCUUGGGAGGAAUAUUACAAGAAGCAAGGUCAAGCAGUUCCUGCUCCUACUGGGGCUCCACCAGGUGGUCAGCCAGAUUAUAGUGCAGCCUGGGCUGAGUACUAUAGACAACAAGCAGCCUACUAUGCCCAGACAAGUCCACAGGGAAUGCCACAGCAUCCUCCAGCACCUCAGGGAUUUGAAAAUCAUGCAAGAAGCCACCACCAUUUAUAUUAACCAGUUUUUCUUUCUUAAAGGAUUCACUCCUGAGUUAGCUCCAUUUAAAGGAUUUUCUUUAACUUUUUGUGUAUUUCUUAUGUAUCUCUUCUGCACAGGGCCAAUAAUAAGAAGUGGACAAUACAGUAUUUGCUUCAUUGUG